UUUUUCUGGCCUAACACCCAAGCCAGUGCUUCAGGAGAACAUUCUUUGCAAAUAACAUGAUUGAAAUAUCCAAAGGGUUUCUUCCUGCUACUGGGGUUCUUCAUCAUUAUCGUCCUGUUCCAGUUUCAUCAUCAGUUAGAGUUGAGGAAGGGGACACCGUAAGCAUCCAUUAUGAUCCCAUGAUUGCCAAGCUUGUAGUAUGGGGGAUAGUGCCCUUGGAGGUCUGUUUUUGUGGUAUGUUGAUCCUCCUUUUAGAGUACAUCGUUUGGCUAGUCGAACUAUGGAACUUGACGGCGAUGAUGAGUAUAGCUAUAAUGGCUCAAAAAGUUUAAAUGUUUCCAUAACCUAUUUGGAUGAUGGGAAAUUCCUAGUUGAGACAGGAGAAAGCACUUCCCCCUGUUUGGAGGUCAAAGUAGAACAGUUAAGCAAUGAAAACUAUAUAGUUGAAGUAGGCGGUGUAAGACUAAAUGUAAGCCUUGCCGUUUAUUCCAAGGACCAUUUUAAGCACAUCCACUUUUGGCAUGGUGAAUACCAUCAUCACUUCAAACAAAGUAUAGGUGUUGAACUGUUUGAUGAUGAUGAACUGCAACACAAACCUUCCAAUGACUCUGCAUUAUCUCAUCCCCCUGGAGGUCUUACGGCGGCAACACAAAAAGAUGGUGGUUCAAUUGGGCGACCCAUCAGGCUCUAGUGGACUGAAGAAGCUCCGGCCUGUUAUCCUUCCACUGCAGAGAGGAGGAGGUGUUCGCUGCUCUGUGAAACCAGCCUGACGCAAUACCCUCCGGUCUAAAGGCUGAGAAGUCUCGGCCUUCGCAAAGACUCCACAACCCAACUCACCACUUGGAACAGGCAGGCUCACACUACCAAGCCCAGCAAACAGAACUUUUGGCUACGGACUUAUUAAGAAGAAAUAUUCCUCUUGUGGUACCGAUGUGGGAGGAGGUGCGAGCCUUUCGUGGGGAAAAAAUGGAGAGAGAACUCUGAUGUACUUAUGUUUAUGCCCGGUGUUUGACAGAUUGAGAUUUGCGUUGUAUCAUUUUUCACCAAAAACUUAGGAAUGUAGAUGAAGCCUUGGUUUUUUUUUAUAUAUAUAUGGAAAUUGCACCAUUUUUGUUGAAGGGGCUUAUAUGUGAAGAAGCAGAGACAUAGCCUGGAAGCUUUUCUUCACUGAACAGAAUAGCAGAGAUGGGUUAGCUUUGAUUAAUUUAUCCCUGACAUUAUUUUCCUACUUUUUUUUUUUUAGUUAAAUUGUGCGGGCUGAAGUUUUAGAAAUGAAUUAAAGUUGCAGCGGCGGUAUGUAUAGAUUAGUUGUGGUCGGAAAAUGGUGAAAAAGCGUGAGCAUUAUUUGGAAUGGAGGUGGAGGGAAGGUGUGCAUUUAGUUUAGUUCUGCUUUUCUUUGUUUUUUUUCCCCUGUUUGUUUAAGAAAUGAAAAAAUCUAUGAAAUGUUUGGCUAAUAGUAUCUCUUUAUUGUUUUAUAUUAUCAAUUCUUACACAAUUUUGACAUUUUCUUAAAUUGGAGAUUCCUUUUUCCUCGAAUUGCUCAAAGUCGUAGUGAAUUGUUGAUUCAUUCUUGGGGGCUCAACGAGAGGCUGCUGCAUCUUUUGGCAUAAACACAAUCUUGCUUGAGAAAUAUAUUAA